CACUUACUCAGUCACUCCCUACUGCACUCCACCCGAUCCUUCAAACUUGGCACAUCCAUCGCAUGAAGCACCGGGUGCCUGUCUGUCUGUAUGCAGUAGGGAUGCUUGUGUGUGUAUGGAUGUGUGUGUGUGUGUGUGUAUUCCUGGAGUGCAUGCACGUGUGAGUGCGUCUAUCACCACUCAGAUUCUGAUGAGGCGGCGCCCGUAUCAUUGUCUCGCCUCCCCCGGCGCAUAGGCACCGGUGUGUGGCCAGCGUCCUGCAGCCGACGGUCGCCAGGUCGCUCCGACGGCCGACGGUCCCAAUCGCCCGCGUGGCGAUUGCCCCAACCGUCGAGUCGGCCCGCCUGGCGAUGGCCGACGCGUUCGCCAGGCGGGGCGACGCGUCGCCCCGGCCGGCGGUCCACCUCAUCCUCGGGGAAGAGGUCCCUCUCCCUCCUGUUGUCGCGUCGCCUGUCGUCCAUGCCCCGUGUUGAUGGCCGCCUCUCCUCCAUGCGUGUGGGUGGCCUCUGGCGGGGUGGUGGGGAGGGAGGGCUGCCCCAAUCAUCCUCGUCAUCGUCAUCGCCCCACCCAGGGGGAGAGGGACGGCGACGCUCAACGGGAGGGACAACGGCGGGGGAGUAGGCGCGCGGGACGUCGGGCGGGCCCCAGUCGUCGUCAUCAUCAUCAUCAUGGCGGGGAGGCGGGCCUCUGUGAUGAAUGGAAGAGGGGUUCGGUCGGUCGCCAACCUCAUGCCACUGGAAGAGGCGGCUGUCGCGGGUGUCACGGGUGUCACGGGUCUCUUGCUGGCCACGCAGACGGGUGAUGUAGAGCAUGUGCCGGCGCUGCAGGCCGUGGCGCCGGUCGGCUUGGCCGUCCCUGCGAGCGGACUGGCGUCGCGAUCGGCGCUGGGCACGGCGCUCAAUCACGGCCUCUAAGUGAGCCGGGUCGAAGUUGGGAUGGUCUGAGAGACACAAUACACGAGCUGUGUGGUGGACGGAUACAUCUCUCUUUCGCUCUCUCUCUCUCUCUCUCUGUGUGUGUGUGUGUGUGUGAUGGUGACCUACCUGGGUCUAUGUCAGAUGGGUCAGGUCCUGAGACGACGCCGUCCGCGUCAUCCUCCUCCUCCUCAUAGUCGUAGGCUUCCACAUUCAGCCCCAGCCGACGCAUCAACGACUCCGAAGGGAACUGCACACCACACGGGCAUCCAUCGAUUGCACAUUGCGCCAAUGGACGGACGUGCAUAUGAUCCUUCCCUCACUCACCCCUUCCAGUAGGUCGCGGAAGUUGGCCAUGUCGUUCGCUGGCAUAAAGAUCUCUUCCUGCUGCAUCAUGCGACGACGGGCCAGACGGUUGGCAUGCUCCACAACUGACCGAUGCCGACACACCCAACACACCACACCCCACACCCCACACACACAUUGACACGCGGAGCGAACGAGAGAGGGCAGUCGUCCUGUGUGUGUGUUGUGAGUGAAUAUUGUGCGUGCGUCAGCUGACUGACUGACCUGGGUCGAUCUGCUCCUCUGGCGGGACCUCUCUGCCGUUCCGUUCGUGCCGGUAUACGCACCGCCGGCCGUAUCGACAGGUGCCGGUGCGCUUGAAGUCGGGGCAGAGGAUCUUCUUCUUGGACGCCAGGUGCUUCUCAACCAAACGCCGCUUACGAUCCUCACCCCUGACAACAUAUAAUGUGAGUGACAACACGCCGGGUGCUGUGCUGUGUUGUCCGCUGGAUUGUGUGAAAGCUUACACGAUGCAUCGCGUCACCGGUACGAUGAAGCCGUUGUGCGUCCUGCAGACGGGGCAGGAGAACGCCAGUGGGGCCUCGCCCUCCUCAUCGACGUGAGCGGAGUCGACGUCACUCUUACGACGCCACUGACACGACAACCGACACACCACACCACACCGACACAUGAGCAGAAGAAUGAGUGAAAGUGGGUGGAGGGGGUUGUGCUGCGUACGGUGAAGAUGCAGUCCAUGCAGAAGAAGUGUCCACAAAUGGGCAGGAGGGCCAGCCGCGGCUCAAAGGUCGCCAGCUUCUCCAUGCAAAUCACACAAGUCAUCUCGCCACUCAACGCUUUGUCCGCCUCCAGCAUCUGCAGCCCACAGAAUGAAGACAAUCCUGUCUGUCGAUAUGCCGCUUCCUCGUUCUCUCCCUCUAACUAAAGCCACCCACCUGGUAUUCCCGGCAUUGUUGCAGGUGCUUCAUGACCGCCUCGUUCACUGCGCCAUCCGGCGGUGAUCCAUCGUCCGAGUCCACCGACAUCACCUCAUCGCCACACAACGGACACUUGCCCUCGGCCGUCACGUGGCUGUCGGGACACUCAACACCUGCACCACACACACAACCACAACCAGCCACCGGUCGCGAGCAAGCAACCAAGCAAGCAUUUCUACGUACCUUUGGAGCAAGUGCCGGCCUGGAAGAAGCGGCACACACGCUCAUCGUCCGGCCCCCCUGGCGGCGAUGCAGCAGACGAAGGGCUAGGGUCAGCAGACGAAGUCGAUGGCUCGUCGUGGCGGCCCGAUAGCCGCUGGCGGCCCUCCAGCGGGUCGAACAGCAUGAGGGGGUGGAUGUCGGACGACACGGUAGGCGCCGGGACACUCGGUGGCUGGGGCUGGGGUGGGUCACGGCGGUCGACGAAGGCCAUGGCCAGUUCCUGCAGCCCGCUCCUGAACCCUUCGUGAAGCCCUCUGAGUGCUGCUGCUGCCGGAACCGGGUUCCGGCGACGCUCGUGGUGGGCCGGUGUGUGUUGGCGGCGGUAGGGUGGUGAGCCAUCACUAUCAUAGUCACCAUCCCAAUCCCCGCCCCUUCCCGGACGACCGCCCCGGGCCCUCCCGCGAUUUCGCCCGAAGACCUCCAUCCCCCCCGCCACAAGGUCCAUUCGCCUUUGCGGCGGGUCGGGCCUCGCCCUUCCCCGGGGUGGUGUGGGUGGCCGAGGCGCACCCCACCCACUGGGCUCCGGUGACCAGUCCUCCUCCUGCCUCGAGAUGUCUGGAUAGGGACUGUCUGCACGCGGACGGCGCGCUCCCGUCGAUGGACGCGAAUGCCGCCCUCUUACAUCCCCCCCCACGUCGGCAUCCCGAACAGACGUGGGACCGGUCCUCGGCACAGAGGGGGCCCGCCAGUCGUCUCGGUCGGCCGAUGCACGCGACUGCUGGUGCCGCCUAAGGUUCCUCUGGUAGCUUGGCUGCGGGCGCCUGGAGGAGCUCGAGCCCGAGUCGUCCCAGUCAUGGCGGCCCCUCACCGUGCGAUGCGGGUCGUCAAAAUAAGGCCCUCUGGGACCCAUGUACGGGUCGUCAUUGCGGGGGCGAGGAUGGGGUGUCAUCGCACGGUAGUACUGGCGCUGAGGGAGCGGGGGCUCGUGUGCGGCGGUGCCCCUGUCGCGUCGAUCAUAGAAACGAGGGUCACCGUCUGGCCUUCGCACGGCGGACCUGCCCAGACCGUCGCCCUCUCCCCUCCCACCGUCUCCCCCCACCGACUGGCCCGGGUGAUCUCGUCGCCAGUGCCUCUCCUCGCCAUCUGUGCGACGAUCGCUGCCCGCAGAUUGCACCGACUGAUGGACUGGGGGAGCGGGUGGGGGAGGUGGGGGUGGGGGCGGGGCUGAGGGUGUUGGUGUUGGCCUCUCCUGCAUCGGUGCGACGCUGCGCUCCCCAGGCCGGGGCAAGAUGACAGGCGGAGGGAAGGCCGAAUCGGGGAAGGUCGAAUCGCCCACAGGCCGAAGCCUGACAGGGCUCUCGUUGACAGGCCGAAGCCUGACAGGGCUCUCGUUGAUGCCGCUGCCGCUGGCCCCGACACCUCCAGGCGCUGCUGUGGCCGGACGCUCCUGCUGAGGCACUCCACUGCCUUGUGUGUGAUGGGCGAGGGGAGGGGGAGGGGGGCCGUGACGGACAGGAGGGCGACGCGCGUGCGAGUGGCCGUGAUGAGGUACAGGCCAGUACUCACGCCGGUCGUUGUGGCGACGGCCACCGCCCCUGCCGCCCCGCCCACCGCCUCUGCCGUGUCGUGAACCACCGUGGCGACGGUUUUGCCGCUGGUGCUGGUCCUGGUCCUGAUGGUGUGGAGGUGGCUCCAAAGGUCGGCCAUGCGGCUCCCCUGGUCCAUUCACGGGAGCGUCCUGGUUGUUGGUGGGCGAGGGCUGUGCCGGACGGCUCGAUGAGUCUCGAACAUCCCAGACAUCCGACCCCCGCGGGCCGGGAUGUCUGAACGGGCACUCAUGUCCACGCCUGACAGAAAGACCAACACAACAGACAGCGACACCACCGCCAGCAUUCUCUCUCAUGCCGCUGGCUCACGUUCCUCUCUCUGUUCCUGUCUGUCUGUGUCGACUUGCCUGCAGCCGAGGCCAGUGGCUGGUUUGAAGUAAUAACACACCCUGUCUUCCUUCCAACGAGACAUGGGGGUACGAUGGGAGGCGUCUCGGCGCACUUAUGCCAUCUGCUGCCCCGCUGCACCACAGAAACGAUGAGAGGGUCGCCCUGCACGCCGUACUCCUGCUCCUGCUGCUUGCGGGCGACCUGAACCGACGCACGCACAAACGGACGGAAUGGCCUCUUUUCAGUUGUCGAGUGGUCGUGCUGCCCUCCCUGGCACCCCUACCUGCUGCUCACGUAUCUCCUCCUAUCUUCUGCUGCGCGCAACAGCGGCUGAAGGACCGAGCGAUUGUUGCCGGUCUGCUAACCAACCACAGCACCCACCGUGGGUGGUGAAUUCACUCCAACAACAGCCCAGAGGAAAAAGGCGCAGUCAGCUC